CCAGCAACCCAACUAAAGAUGGCGGAUGAAACAUCCACUGGAAAUCGACUGUGGAAUCUUCAGGAACGCUUGAAGCAGGAGCGUCUGUUUGUCAACAAGGAAAAAGCCGAAAUAUCGAACCUCAAUGCAGAAAUACUGUCGAGCUGUGAAAGGCUUUAUCACUUGUCGUGGAUAACCCGGCAACAGUGGAAGAUAGUACAGCGGCUAAGGGCUUCACCCGAAGAAUGUGGCCAAGCAGUAAAUCGGCUGGAUUUAGCACGUUUUGUUGACGCUUCAAGGCAUCUUGGCUACUUGGAGUCAAAGUAUUGGGAUUUUUUAAGAGGUCUGAGAGAAAAUCCCUCCCUUGUAGCGUCGACUUUGGCUUACGCCGACAAAAUCAAUUUAGACACUUCACAGCUGAUUCGAUUGUUGUUGAAUUCUCUGUAUGGUAACUGUUUGCUUCCUCAGGAUGAAAACUAUGUUUUAUCGCUUAUGAAACGCUUGAUCGAGCUUAAAGUCUCGGGAGACGAAGGCCCCGAAAAUUUCUUUCAGAAUCACAGGAAUUCUUUUACGUUACUCUUCGGGAUUUUAGUAGAGAGCUUGUUCUCCACGAAGUUGUACCUGACUGCUGCCUUGCAUGCACCUAUCAUGCAGGUUCUGUCCGAUGAUUCCCUCCUCAAGCAACGGUUGCCAAUUAAAUGUACCAAAUUUGUGGAAAACCUCCAGUCCAAACUGUACUGCUUUCCUCAAAGCCUUCGCUGGAUCGUUUGUCAGUUUUUCAACACCGUAUCAUUAAGUGGUAUGGUCAAUGAAAAAGAAGCAAGAUCCAUGGUACUAAAGCUCUUGUUUGAUUUCCUCGUGUGCCCUGCAAUCAUUAGACCCGAGCAGUUCGGCAUCACCUCCGAUGUCCAAAUCAGCGAAGUAGCAUUGCAGAACCUGCAACAGAUUGCUUCUUGUUUGCUUUGCAGCUGUUCGACGGAAAGUGCUGAAACUGCAAGAUCUUUAGACUUAUUCUCAAGAAUCGACCCUGUAAGUAUUUACUUCAGCUUGCGGUUUUAUUUUUUACACAGAAAUUAUCUUAAUCUUAUUUUAAAGUCUAAUACCUUAGCAAUACUAGUUGAUCCAUAAACUGGUGCACAAAUUAGAUGAGAUUCAAUUUUAUUCAUGAUCAUUCUGCAAAAACAGGUCAUAAGAAAAAAAUACAUCUGAACAAAUUAAUAUUCUGUGGAGGAAGUUAUAUUAAGGUGAUAAACUAAGCAGUAACGUUAAGGAAGUCUCGAUCUUUUUACCCAAGAACUGCAAAAAAAAAAUCUUACUGGUAGAACUCUGUCUAAAAAUGAAUUUGAUGUCUGAUUUUCCAAAAUUUUUUGGAAGGUUGGCCUUACCUAGACUGUUAUUUCAAAGUUGCCAAAACAGGCACGUUCACAAUUUUUUUUUUUUAAAUACUUCAAUCACACCAGAAUGAAUUUCUCUUACAAAUUUAGUGAGCCCAGAUGGUUUAAAAAAGCUGAAGGACACUCAGACAAUAGUUUUAAUAAAAUGAUAGGGAUUAUUUUGAAUUGAUAGGGCUACUGUAGCUCAUACAUAGCACCAGCUCAACAGGCUCAAACAGAGAUUUUUUGUGACUUAAGUUCAGGGCCCCAUUGUUCAAAGACCGAUUAGCGCUAACCCAGAGUAAAACUUUAGUCCGGAUUUCUUUUUUUUCAUUCAAAAGCAUUUUCUCCAAUAAUUUCUCUAUUCUUCUUAGAGCAUCCAAUCAUCAAAUUGAAGAGAAAAAGAAUUACAAUGAAUUUUUGCCUUUAGCUUUCAUAUCUGAAUUCAAAUUCCCCACUAACCCCGGGUUAUCUCAACCCAGCUUUGAACAACCCAGUCCAGGAUUUUUAGAAAUAGUAGCAUCUUAGAACAUAUUAAUGUCAGUCACUUGUGUUAAAUAGUGGCUAUCUCAUGGGUCACCUGAGCUACUCUUUACACUCUUUUGUUCGACAGAAGAUCUUUCUAUGUUUCACUAGGCCAGGAAAGGAAGCUUUUUGAAGCAAGACUGACAAGUAUAUCUUGCUGUUUUGUAGCGACCUUUCUCUUCUGUCACCUUUUGUUUUCAUAGGCAUGCAUUACAUCAUAUUUAGAUGCUGUGCUGGAAAACAAAACAGAAGUUGCAGAUCUUCCUAUUCAAAAGACACUUCCUGGUCUAACCCGUAACUCAGUUCUAAUCACAGAGAAUGAACUCCAUGCCUUGGUAAGUACAUACAUGUAUGUAUUACAGAAAGCAGUUUAUUUUUCAAUGGUGUAGUCAAAAGUUAGAGUAGGAGGGAAUCCCCCUUUGUUGUGGUCUUAUCUGUAUGUCCCACUCUGGAUAGGUUGAGUACAAGGCACCUUGAAUGGAACCUUGCAGUCUCAUUCCUGCCCUUGGGAUCAAUAAUCUCUUAUCAGUUCUGAGUCUCACAGUGUUUUCUUAGUUACCAAAAUUCAAUUUAGCUUCAGACUUUACUUUAUUGCUUAGAGCAAAAGUGCAUUUUCUAUCAAACCACAAGUGGCUCAAAGCACAUUCUCUAAAGAGCAAGAGGUAAAACCUUGAUUGCUGGUGCUGCACAUGCCAGUGUGGGAUUUAUUUCUGUUUUGGUAUCAUCCCAUUCAGCGUGAAAAGAAGGUAGUGUCUGAUAGCCUGGGGCUAGUGGAUUUUGCUAUCGGGCUAGUGAAUUCUGUUUUUAACUUGCCCUAUGGGCAAGUAAUGUUUUUUGAGGAAUUCAAAUAACAGAAGAACUGUGACAUCAAUUCUGCUAGUCAAAAAGUUUCUGGGGCUAGCUGAAAUUACGUCUAGGCUAGUAAAUGCUAGCUCAAUUUGCCCGAAUGGCAAGCUGUAAAAAUGAUUUUCUUUGCACCCUGCCAUUCCUCUUGUUUUUAUGUUUUCAGACCUUCCCAUAAGACGUUUUGUACAACUUAUUAAAACUAACUUAUUUCAAUAACCAUUUGUCUGUUUCAAAGACAAGCUUUUUAAGGAUGGUUGAGCACAGUGAAGACCACAAGAUUAUCGUCAACCACAAAGAGUUGAAAGAUUUACUGGUUAACUUGCCUCCCCAACCUGACAUCCUUGAGGCCACGCCCCCUAAAGAUCGGCUCAAAGAUGUGGCAAGUAAUGACUCUGCACCAGAGCAAAGUCCAAAGCCACCAAAACGACGACAUUUUAAUUUGGCUUACGCCGACAAAAUCAAUUUAGACACUUCACAGCUGAUUCGAUUGUUGUUGAAUUCUCUGUAUGGUAACUGUUUGCUUCCUCAGGAUGAAAACUAUGUUUUAUCGCUUAUGAAACGCUUGAUCGAGCUUAAAGUCUCGGGAGACGAAGGCCCCGAAAAUUUCUUUCAGAAUCACAGGAAUUCUUUUACGUUACUCUUCGGGAUUUUAGUAGAGAGCUUGUUCUCCACGAAGUUGUACCUGACUGCUGCCUUGCAUGCACCUAUCAUGCAGGUUCUGUCCGAUGAUUCCCUCCUCAAGCAACGGUUGCCAAUUAAAUGUACCAAAUUUGUGGAAAACCUCCAGUCCAAACUGUACUGCUUUCCUCAAAGCCUUCGCUGGAUCGUUUGUCAGUUUUUCAACACCGUAUCAUUAAGUGGUAUGGUCAAUGAAAAAGAAGCAAGAUCCAUGGUACUAAAGCUCUUGUUUGAUUUCCUCGUGUGCCCUGCAAUCAUUAGACCCGAGCAGUUCGGCAUCACCUCCGAUGUCCAAAUCAGCGAAGUAGCAUUGCAGAACCUGCAACAGAUUGCUUCUUGUUUGCUUUGCAGCUGUUCGACGGAAAGUGCUGAAACUGCAAGAUCUUUAGACUUAUUCUCAAGAAUCGACCCUGUAAGUAUUUACUUCAGCUUGCGGUUUUAUUUUUUACACAGAAAUUAUCUUAAUCUUAUUUUAAAGUCUAAUACCUUAGCAAUACUAGUUGAUCCAUAAACUGGUGCACAAAUUAGAUGAGAUUCAAUUUUAUUCAUGAUCAUUCUGCAAAAACAGGUCAUAAGAAAAAAAUACAUCUGAACAAAUUAAUAUUCUGUGGAGGAAGUUAUAUUAAGGUGAUAAACUAAGCAGUAACGUUAAGGAAGUCUCGAUCUUUUUACCCAAGAACUGCAAAAAAAAAAUCUUACUGGUAGAACUCUGUCUAAAAAUGAAUUUGAUGUCUGAUUUUCCAAAAUUUUUUGGAAGGUUGGCCUUACCUAGACUGUUAUUUCAAAGUUGCCAAAACAGGCACGUUCACAAUUUUUUUUUUUUAAAUACUUCAAUCACACCAGAAUGAAUUUCUCUUACAAAUUUAGUGAGCCCAGAUGGUUUAAAAAAGCUGAAGGACACUCAGACAAUAGUUUUAAUAAAAUGAUAGGGAUUAUUUUGAAUUGAUAGGGCUACUGUAGCUCAUACAUAGCACCAGCUCAACAGGCUCAAACAGAGAUUUUUUGUGACUUAAGUUCAGGGCCCCAUUGUUCAAAGACCGAUUAGCGCUAACCCAGAGUAAAACUUUAGUCCGGAUUUCUUUUUUUUCAUUCAAAAGCAUUUUCUCCAAUAAUUUCUCUAUUCUUCUUAGAGCAUCCAAUCAUCAAAUUGAAGAGAAAAAGAAUUACAAUGAAUUUUUGCCUUUAGCUUUCAUAUCUGAAUUCAAAUUCCCCACUAACCCCGGGUUAUCUCAACCCAGCUUUGAACAACCCAGUCCAGGAUUUUUAGAAAUAGUAGCAUCUUAGAACAUAUUAAUGUCAGUCACUUGUGUUAAAUAGUGGCUAUCUCAUGGGUCACCUGAGCUACUCUUUACACUCUUUUGUUCGACAGAAGAUCUUUCUAUGUUUCACUAGGCCAGGAAAGGAAGCUUUUUGAAGCAAGACUGACAAGUAUAUCUUGCUGUUUUGUAGCGACCUUUCUCUUCUGUCACCUUUUGUUUUCAUAGGCAUGCAUUACAUCAUAUUUAGAUGCUGUGCUGGAAAACAAAACAGAAGUUGCAGAUCUUCCUAUUCAAAAGACACUUCCUGGUCUAACCCGUAACUCAGUUCUAAUCACAGAGAAUGAACUCCAUGCCUUGGUAAGUACAUACAUGUAUGUGUCACAGAAAGCAGUUUAUUUUUGGUGUAGUCAAAAGUUAGAGUAGGAGGGAAUCCCCCUUUGUUGUGUUCUUAUCUGUAUGUUCCACUCUGAAAUCAUAUGGAUAUAGGUUGAGUACAAGGCACCUUGAAUGGAACCUUGCAGUCUCAUUCCUGCCCUUUCCCUGUGUACACAUCUGGCAUUAUGAAAUUGGGAUCCAUAAUCUCUUAUCAGUUCUGAGUCUCUCCAUGUUUUUUUAGUUACCAAAAUUAUCUAGCUUCAGACUUUACUUAUUACUAGACCAAAAGUGCACUUGCCAUCAAACCACAAGUGGGUCAAACCACAUUCUAUAAGUUUUAAGGGCAAGAGGUAGAACCCUGAUUGCUGGAUGUGCUGCAUGUGCCAGUAUGAGAUUUAUUACUGUGCUGGUAUCAUUCCGUUCCUCUUGUUUCUAUUUUUGCAGACCAUCCCAUAAGACUUUUUGUACAACUUAUUAAAACUAACUUAUUUCAAUAAAAAUUUGUCUGUUUCAAAGACGAGCUUUUUAAGGAUGGUUGAUCACAGUGAAGACCACAGGAUUAUCGUCAACCACAAAGAGUUGAAAGAGUUACUGGUUAACUUGCCUCCCCAACCUGACAUCCUUGAGGCCACGCCCCCUAAAGAUCGGCUCAAAGAUGUGGCAAGUAAUGACUCUGCACCAGAGCAAAGUCCAAAGCCACCAAAACGACGACAUUUUAAAAAGAAAGAUAAACAGUCUCGCAAGCAAAGUCUAGGUGAAGUUCAAGCAGGGGAAACAGAGGGCAAACUUGAAACAAGGCAGAUGUCACAGUUUAAUUCACUAGCUGUUGUGAACAGAUCUGAAGAGUUCAAGAAAGAGUUUCUCAGGAGGUUACCUUUUCUGUUUCAAGAAGGGGAAGAUGUCCUAGUAAUUUCUCUUGGUUAUUCAUCCAUUGAUUGCCCUGGAAUGCUCUCUGAAGAGAAGGUAAUGAUAAUAAGUUAGGUGAUAUUAGUGAAUUGAAGCAGGGUCCUCAAUUGAAUUUUGUACAGCCAUUGCUGUGCAACAUACAGGUGUAACCCAUGGUCAGCUUUUCAGCCACCACGUUUCGCAUGUGGAAAGAAGACAUCUGCAAGAGGCCUUGGCUGAAAUGUACAAAUUCAAUAUGUCGGCCAUGUUUCACCACGAUUUGGUACUUAAUGCUUAAAUUAAAGGCAAAUAUGCUAGUUAUUAGCCAGUGAUAAUAAACUUUUAAAGUUAUGCUGUGCUUGUGGUUUACGGUAAUUUAUUUUCUGCUAUGUUGUGGCAAUUUGUGCUUAAGAUAGUGAGUUGACACUUGAUACACUUAAGCGGCGGCAGUGCUAUGGGUAUAAUUAUUACCGAAUAACUACAACUUUUUGUUGUUCAGGUCCUUGGCAUUAAAAAUACAAAGAAUGAGGUAAAAACAGAUAACUCAUUCAGAAAGAGAAGCAGUUCAAAGUCAACUCAAUUCUACAAGGAAAUAAAGUCUGUAAUGAGGAAGGAGAGCUUGGAUUAUCAUUCUGAUCAUGGAAGUGGUGAUGGCACUGUCAAGGGUGAACCAGCCUCUUUGGUUUCUACUAAUGUUGGUGCAAAUGUACCAGAGCCUCUUCAUCCAGUGAUGGUAGCGGGGAUGGACCAUUUUGAUUUGCUGCACAACAACAUCAAAGAUAGUUUUACAGGAGCAGAUGUCCAUGCAGCACCGGAUGUGUUAGUGAGGACAAAUGGCACGCAUGCUGGGAGUAUUGAUUUGAUUGAUUUUGGUACAGAAAUAACACCUGCGUUCCGCGAUCAGCCUGAAGGAAGCCGCGAUAGUGCUAUCAGUACCAGCAGUAGCACCCGUUUGAGUUCUUUCAGUAGCAAUCGUAGCAGUGGGUUGGAGUUUAGCAGGGGUAGCAGCCAUUUUGAAGUAGGCCAUGACGAUAUAACAGAAGAAGAUUCUGGUUUUGACCUUCUUAGUGCUGAACGCAUAGAUUCACCCAGUUCUGGAUUUCGCCCUCGUUCCAGGGAGGUAGCUGAUGGAGUAAAAAGACUAAGUGCAGUAAGCCGUCAUGGAAGCACAAGUAGUGGAACAAUCACUGGUGCUCAAGGUGAGGGAUCCAAUCGUGAUAGUCAGGCAAGCUUCUUGAGUUUCGGCGAUGAUUUUCCGGCACAAAGUGGGUCCUCCAGUGCUGCUGAUGAGGAUCGAGAGACAAGUCAGUCAGGAAAGAAAACUUCUCGUGCUGCUUCCUUUAAACGCCGGUUCAAAAGAAAGUCCAAAAUUUCAAAAGGCUCCUUCAAUGGCGAGGAUGAUUUCAGUGAGCUCAGUGGUAAAAAGGACAAAGGCUUCUUCAAAAUAAUGAAGAAGGGACGCUCAGAGAAGGAUCAGAAAGCAUCCAAGACAAGUGGUGCAAGGGUGUAUGAGAAACUGGCAGAGAAAACACUUGAUGCACUAGACAUUGAUGUUGAGGUGAAAACUACAAAAGGUAAAUUUAAUCUUGAUGUAAUAAAAAAGAUAGUAGUUCAGUGUUGGUGUCCUGUGGCUAAGGGUGUCAAAGACACCACAAAUAUAAAGUAAUUAAUAAUAUAGUUAAUCCUCUAUGUGGGACCACCCCUUAUAUAAGUGACCACCUGUUUUAAGACACCAAAAUUUUCCCAUCGAAACCCUGUAACUGGAACCUUCGGAGUAAAUGAUGAUCUCUGAUGAGAAACUACUUUCACUUUUGCCUCUUUUGCAGCAGCUUGAGCCGAAGUUACUCAGUGCUUCCUGUCACCAUGUUUACUUUUGGGGGUGUUGGUUUUAUAAUAUUACUGUUUCGAACCUUUUCUAAGCUUGUCACCUAAAACAUUAUCUGAUCUCCUUAUUCGCUUUGUAGGUGGCUACUCAGCAUAUAUGUUACAGGUCAAAUUUGAUUUCCGGUUAAAAUUUGUUAACUUAGGUUGAUUCUUAAUUCCUUUGUCUUCUAGAACUAGGAGACAUUAGAAAUUAAGAAUCAACCUAGGUUAAAUGAAAAUUAACCUGAAAUCAAAUUUGACCUGUAACAUAUACAAAGAACUUUUAGUGACAACAUGGAACUAGACAUAAUUAUUUGUAUCUUAGAAAUGGCAUGACAAUAAAUUCUCUUCCAAAAAUAGAUGUGUGUGGACCUCCUGUUGUAAGAGCCCUCCAUCACAGGAAAAAAUAACAGAUUCCCAAUAUUGGAUAUUUUAGUGUAUCUAAAGAAUACCUACAAAAAUCCCAAAAUUAUUUGGCAAAGUGAGACGAGUCCCAACCAGGGAAUUCCCAACCAAGUUCCCUGGUUGGGACUUGUCUCACUCUUCCAAAUUUGGGAUUUUUGUGGGUAUUCUUUAAUUACCCUAAAAUAUCCAAAAAUGGGAAUCUGUUAUUUUUUCCUGUGCAUUGGGUUUGAUGCUCAUAAGCAAACAUUUCCUGUAAGUGACCACCACUAAUUACCACCACUCAAAAUGCGCUUUUGGCUGGGUGCUUUUAAGUGUAACCAAAAAAAAUAUUUGAUAUUUAAUGUAGAAAUUCUGUUACUUUUGUAAUAGACAUAGAAAUGAUAAUAGAAAAGUACACAGCAAAAAAGACAAGCAGGCCAGGACCGUCAGCUCCAGCAGCGAAUGAUGAUGAAGAAGAUGCUGGUGAGGAACAGGAUGAUUUCGUUGAUGAAGAAGAGAGGUUUGAAAACUCAAAAAGGAAACUCAGGAUGGUGCUAUGCCAAGCAGACUUUCAAAAUCUUCCAUUGCUUCAUCCUGAUAACAGAGUUCCAGAUAUAAAGUAGGUGUUCAAGUCCAGACUGAUAUUAUUAUUUAUUAUGUAAACACCAAUGAAAUACCAAGUGAGCUUUCACACAAAAACUUGAUAUCUUCACAUGUGAAAAUAUCACUGUUGCCAUGGCUUCAUAAUAAACCGCACCUUUCAGAUCAAAAACUAUUUAAGUAAAAUGGUUUGGGAUUUCAUUGGUGUUUAUAUAGUAAAUAGAACAUUACAUGGUCACUUGGAGAUACAAAAUUUCUCUUCUUGUGUUGAAAAAAAUAUUUCACCCGUGAGCGCACUCACUCGUGAAAUAUUUUUCAACACUUGAAGAGAUAUUUCGUAUCUCAAUGCGGCCAUGUUAAAUCCUCUAUAUCUUACCUUAUUGGUUGGUACUUAAUUUUACGUGAACUUAAAUACCCACAAAUAAAGAUUCUCAUGAAAUUCAAACACAGGCAGGAAGGGAAGCACUUGGGAGGGAUAAACACUAGGUGUUCUUAAUUUUUGAGAGGUGCUGUUUGAGAAUAGUUUUUUAAACAUACAAAAGGUAUAGUGUGGGUGUUGUUUUUUCAAGGACACACAGCAAAAGACCAAGUCAAGAACUGAUGACAUUCCUUCAUGUGCAGCUUGCUGAGGCUAUUAAUCUUCAGGACAGGUCCCUAUCAGCGCAACUGCAUGAGACAAUAAGAAGUGUUAGGGAGCUGCCAUCCCAUAGGUAAAAUAUGUAUGAUAAAUUAUGUAUUUGUAGGUAUUGGCGAAAUCUAUUUUUACCUUAGUUUGUCUCUGGAAUGAUAAGAAGAUGGCAAUGUUGAUACUGAGUUUAAAACAAAAAAAAUGACAUUUGCACGAGACAUAAAAUCUGACUGCAGGUAAUCCAUUCAGUUUUACAAUUCUGGUAGGUCAAGGCUGAGGCUUGUUUCACACGGUAACAAACGUCUGUGCAUUUAGGUGAUCUGUUCACACAGACCCAUGCUAACUGUAUGAAAAUUUAUACACAUAAUUGUUCUAAAAUGAAUGCCAAAAUAGAAGUCCAGUGCAGUUGAGAAUUAUUUCCACCGGCAUGGUAUGAACAGUCCUGAACAACUUCAUCAUCUUAAAUGUUUAAAGUAGCAAGGAUACAUUUGUGUGAAUGGGUAGUAACUCAUCAUCCAGUACUGUGUGAAGGUAACUUGAGUUAACAAGCCUAGUACAAAGCCAAUGCUACAUGUACGAGGUGUGUAAAACUAAGAACCUUCUAUUUACACGCAAAAGAAAACUCAUUUUCUUAUUUCACAUACCUGUAUAGCAGGGUAGUAACUACAUGUUAUGUAAUAACUCAGAUUUAGUUUUUUAUGCGUUUGUUAUCACGCCAUGACAGAUCUGUCAUGCCUUAAAACAGUUCACCAUGUUUCAGCAUUAAGUAUUCUUUUCACAGCUGUUCUAAACUGUUAGAUGCUCUAGAAGAGGAGUACAAGUCAAGGUCGCCAUACCUGGCAUAUCUAAUCAAUGCCCAUCAAGGUUUAUUAGCAACGCAUUCUCACUUGGAGAGAUUAGUGGAUAGAGUGGAAAGGUAACGAUGUCUGACUCUCUUUGCUUUGUCUAGAAAAGUGGCUAGAUUUCAGAAUAUCCUGUGUUCAUAUUUCAAAACUGCAGUCCUCUUUAUCCUUUCAAAAAUUACUAGUCCCGCAAUGGGGAUGCCAUCAUGCAAGAUGUAAAUAAACAAGAAUUAAAUUAAUAACAUUAAAAAAAUGUCCUACAAUAGAUAAAAGUGAUAAAAGAAUAUCUACAGGAUUGACUGUUGUUCUUUAGUGGCUAAAAUACUCAAUAGUAGCAUUAAUUUCUGACUCAGAAACUCAAGUAAGAAUGAUUGAUCCUCACACUAUCACAUUUGUCCACAGGCUAACAGAGAUAAUGUGUAACUUCUACGGUCAUGUGACUGUUGGCCCAGGAAUUCUUGACUUUUAUUGACUUGGCAUUACACUGUAAAUAUAUUUUGUCCAGAGGAAUGAGGAAUGUGAUCAUUUGUUUUACUCAAUUAGUCUUACUUUUUUUAAGACCAAGAGCAAUAACCACCUCUACUUAUUGGUAUUCCUCUUUGUUCUGUGUCUUUGAGAACAAAAUUUUGGUUUUUGAGAUGGCGGGAGCAAUGUUUUUGUCCUGUUGGAAGUGGGCUGUAUACUCCAAAAUUGCUUUCUGGGAAUGCACACUUAACAAUAUAAUAGAAACUAUAAAACUCCUGUAAGUCCUCUCUGUGGGGCUAAUGUGAUUCGGUAGGCAUGCAAAUCCAUUUCUCGUUAUCAGUGAUGGCUGUUAGAUUUCACACACCACAUUAUGCCACAAUUUUUGUUUUUUAGAGAUAUUUCCUUACUGUACACAUUAAUAGCUUAUUUUUUCUUUGCAAUUUGAAACGAGAAGGAACUGGAACCAAAGGGCAUCCCGCAAUGGUUUGUGGGAUUGUUACUGGGGAUUCACCAGUCAGCUAUUGGUCAAUUUUUCCCCUGUCCCUGGUAACAGUCCCAGAAGUCUUUGCGAAAGUUAACUCGACCCAGUUUCCUUCUCCUUUGUUAAGUGGCGAAUGUUGUUCCUAGUUUUUUUUCAUCUCCCCACCCCUGAAGGAGCAAGGGAAGAUCACUCCAGGGGAGAGGUGGAGGGGAAGGCAGAAAGAAGAGAUACCUUGAGGACAAGAUUGAUUCUUUUGUUCUUUCUCCAACAGGGACAAAAUAAUUUGCCGAAAUUACUUCAUUAUGACUUGUGUGAAGCUGUUUCUUGAGUCCAAAGAGAAGGGAGAGAUCAAUGCUUUCACCUCCGAUUUUCAGUCUUUACCCACACCAGAUGAAAAGGUUUGCAAAGGAUAAUUUCAUGUAGCAUUUCAAACUUUAAUGUAGACCUGGUCUUGCUUGCCUUUUUGCAGUCAAACAUGAUAAAAAGGACGUAACAACUUAAUGAUUUCUGUGUUUUUAGUUUGUGGACAAGUACUUUCAAAUGGUUUCUUUUUAAGGGAAUUUUGCCUAUAGAAUCAAAAGGAGAAACCACUAUGUACCUCAUAGCUCUCAAAACUUUAAUUACUGCUCAGUAGCUUUUACUUGAAUGGUGGCGCUAAUAAAAAUAUCUGCAGAAGUUCACCUCAGUCUUUGGCAUAAUUUUAAAACUUAGCGUGUUUGUUAUUGUGAAAUGCAAUCAAAAAACCUAUUUUGUUAUUCAUUUUUUCAGUGUGAUUUGCUUGAAGAUUUCCUGGAGAAGUUAGCUGAUGAAAUGAGAAAGCAUCCCAUUUGGACAGGUACAGUGUUUUUUACGCUCAUGUAGGACGGUUGCAUACUCGUUCCUAGUCUCUCCUCAGUCAAAUUUGGUGAAGACACAUUACAUCAAGGGAAGCCUUCAUCCAUCCCAGGGCCCUUUCCCAGGCAUUUUGAUGCUUAUUCUUUCGACAACAAUAGUCAAUCAAUGAGUACGUUUCUUAGUUUCUAGUCAACCAAUCAAAAACCAGGACAUUCAUCGACCUAAAAAUAACUAGAAAACUUGAGAUUUUUCCCACGAAAAAGCAUAAUCGGUGCACCCUACACUACUCGAACAAGUUUGCAAGUAAGGUAAGUAGUACUCUUAGCUACUUGAUGCUGUAGAAACUAAGAUGCACUCCAGCUAUGCCGAGAGUCUCAGUGAUGCAAAACACUGUGCCCUUUCACGUUAUCACUAUGUGUGCCAGUGUUAUGAAGCCUUUUUUAUGAAAUUGAUCGACAGGUGCAAGUGAAGAGCAGCUGCAAGACACCUUUGUGGCAACGGAACGAGCUAUCAUGAGCAGUAUCUUCAAAUACGCAUUUUACCCAAAUGGUGAAGUGGACAUGGAAAGAGAUAGGUGAAGAAUUCUGUUGUUGACGCAAUGAAACAGCCUUGCCUGUUUAGAGUAUCACUAUGUGUUACAGUAUUAACCCUUCCAAUCCCAAAGUGAAUGAUAUGAUAGAGUCUAGUUUUUUGUCUGCGAUGUAAACAUUCAAAUGAAACUUACGUCUUCAGUGGUACUUUCACUCAGUAUUGCUUGAUUGUCUAGUACGUGCCUCUAGCAUUUGAGGUUGUGGCUGUGGUGUGAACUUUCAAGUGAAAUCUCUUUGGCAGCACUUUCUCAUGGCAGUAUAAGUUUUCAGAAUUUUACAAAAUGAAAUUUGGAAAUUUUGUUGAAUUAAUCAAUUUUGACUUUGGCGAUUUUAGCACUGAAAGGGUUUAACACCAAAGAAAAGUGUCUUUGUUUCUGUACGGUCAAAAUGUCUUUUUUUUUAAAAAUAUCGCUAGGCCCCCAUGCAGGAGUUAAUUGCAUCAGCGCUCAGUACUAAAUAAACGGCUGCACAAGAGAAUACUAAUACAGAGUAAGCAGUAUAAAUAUUUUGUCGAAAUAUCCAAGUGUUUAAUACACGAAUAGAAAAUAGCAGAGGUAAUCCUUUCUCAAGCGGUAUGGUUGGCUAAAACAGAGAUGUUGAAGGCUGUCGGUCUCAUUUGUAUCCCUAUUAUUGUUAUUGCCCAUUUUUAAUUAUUUGUUCCUCAAAUUUCAGAACAUUUUAUGAACACGUGACCAACCUACAGAAGAAGAUUCAUCUUAACCACAAGGCUGUGCGGGUGGCAAAGGUGUGUUUUACCUACACAUGAAUCGAGAACUGUAGUGUGACGGAUAUGUGACGAAAUUUCAUCUCCUUAGACACGCUAGGAGACUUUCCUUCGUCCUGUCAACAACUGACCUCACAUUGUUGUUGGCUCCUCCUGCAGAGGGUUUGGGGGAUUUUCGUCUGUAGUCGCAACUCAAAGAAAUGGGCCUUCCCACGUGCCUUUGCGCUUUUUAUAAUCUUCCCGAUGCAUACCUGAAAUUCCCAUGACCGCUUGUGCCGCAACUAUCACAAGAAAAAUCAAGGAUGUCUUGGUACGAGGCAGGGCAACAUGGCUAUAUCAGCUGAAUCCGCGAUGGUAACUGUCUGAAAUGCCAUUAAUUCUUUGUAAUACUGUUUGUCUUUUUUGUGCUGCUGAUAGAUGUACCGGAAAGAGGCGCCAUGGGAGUCUGCUCAGAAGGAGUUACUCAAGAUUAACGCCUACAAGGUAAUUACUGGUACUGAAAUUUGUUUGCUAUUUGAUAAUUGAAAUUCAUGCGAAAUAAACAAUCGUUACCUGUCGGUGGUGAGUAUUCCUUUUAACUGCUGUAAAUGCAGUGUCAUUAAAUAUGAAUAAAUCACAAAACCCGGAGAUUUACUCAAAAUGACGAAAAGAAUUAUCGAUUUCUUUUGUCUUUCCGCUUAGACGCCCACUGACAAACUGAAGUGCGUCAAUCGAUGCUGCGCCACUAUUAUGAACCUCCUGUGUAUGGCGAGUGAGACGAGCGUACCUGGGGCUGACGAAUUCGUUCCAGCACUGGUUUAUGUAGUGAUCCACGCCAAUCCUCCUGGGCUUCUCUCCACGGUGCAGUAUAUAACUAACUUCUACGAAGAACAGCUUAGUGGCGAAGAGGCCUACUAUUGGAUGCAGUUUUGUGCCGCCAUUGCCUUCAUCAAAACUUUGAGAUAAAAAAAGAAGGAUUCUCUACAAAUAUCGCCACUUGUACGAAAGGUUAUUAAAAGCCCUCAAGGAGGUUGAUUUGACCAUGCCUUCGUGGAUUUCUUAGGGCUUAGCCCUGUUUCAAGUCCUCUACAGCGAAGAAAUGGAUCUUUCAAGUUUGACUUUGCAAAGAUAAUGUGUUUUAAUCAUACACGACAAAUGACCAAUCAGACAAUAACGCCAAUGCACUUGAUAUUUCUCGACCAAUGAGGAUUUGACGUGAUUUAAACUUUUGCUGAGGAUUAGAAGUUUGAAAGCCAUGGAUCAAGCCAUGUGGACGAAAGGCUUUAUAAAGUGCGUCUUUUAAACUAUACAUUAAUUUGUUUUUGUAUGUAGUUAAUUUUUCAGAUGUUUAAUAUAAUCUUCAAGAUGUUGGGUCAGUGUUAGGUGGUCACUAAAGACCUUUUAAGUACUUAGAAAUUGAAUUUAACUUAGAAAAAUAACUUUGGGGAAUAUGUUUUCUAUGUUUUCUAAACGAACUAUUGUAUUGUGUGCUUGUCAUUGGGUUUCCGGUUUGGUGCCGCCGGUCUGCUGUAGACUUACGUCACAAGUGACGUCACAUCACAGGUGACGUCAGUAAAUGCAAUGGAAACGUUAACCAAUUUUUGCAUUUCCCAUAGUACACCUCGUUUUCCCCCAAAAUUUUGCAUAGGCAUUGUCUUCAAUUUCUCUUGGGACAACUGGAAAUACCCAAGAGGAAUUGUACA